CCUACAGUGGAGUCAGCAGCUGAAGCUGAAGAACCAGAAACACCAGACUGACUGCAAAACCUGCGAGAAUGAACUCGGGGAGGAGCUCGUGUAAAUGAUCUCAGCACAAACAAAGAGCACCUGUGAGGAGUAUUUAAGUGUCUGUAGGCUGAAUGUGAAGUACACAGUACGAGCUGCAUCUGUGAGGAUCGGGCUGCCAGCAUGUCCACCCAAACAGUGACAAACAUGGCCUCGGUACCAUUGGAGAAUCAGUUCCGGUGCUGCAUCUGCCUGGACACCUACACGGAUCCCGUCUCAAUCCCGUGUGGACACAACUUCUGCCUGGAUUGCAUCGAAGGCUACUGGGACACGAAGGACAAGUCGGAGUGUCCGCUGUGCAAAGAGACGUUCAAAGAGCGACCGGAGCUGAGGAUCAACCGAGCUUUUUCCGACAUGAUUGAAUUCUUCAAAAGGUCUUUGUCACCCACACUGAUGCAUGGGGAGGACGUCCAGCCCCCGGCACACCAGCUAUCAGACCGUGAAGACGUGCCCUGUGACGUCUGCCACGGGAACAAGGCGCCGUCGGUGAAGUCGUGUCUGGUGUGUCAGGCGUCUUACUGUGAGAUUCACCUCGUGCCUCACCAGAGAGAUCCAGCGCUGCAGAGACACCGCCUCACAGAUCCAGCAAUCUUCAACACCAGCCACCUGUGCAGAAAGCACAACAAGCCCCUGACGAUGUUCUGCAAGCAGGAUCACACACCCGUGUGCUCGAAAUGCACAGAGGGCGACCACAAGCACCACAAGAUUGUCCCCAUGGAGAAGGAGAGCAGGAGGGUGAAGAUGACUCUGAGGGAGACAAAGUCCGACAUCCAACAGAUGAUCCAGGACAGGCUGAAAAAAAUGGAAGACAUCAAAAGUCCAGUGGAUCUAAGCAAAAGGGCCACAGAGAGAGAGAUCCAGAGCAGUUCUCAGAUCUGCAGCAUGCUGAUAACCGCCAUCGAGAGGCAGCAGGCCGAGCUCGCCAAGGAUCUCGAGGAGAGGCAGCUGGAAGCCGAGAGGAAAGCUGAGGAGCUGCUCGAAGAGCUGGAGAAGGAAAUCCACGAACUGCAGACGAGGAGCAGCGAGCUGCAGCACCUGGAGCUCACGCGGAGCUCGCUCCACCUCCUACAGAGUUUCCCGUCUCUGAGCAGGCUCCCGGCCACCAGAGAUUGGUCAGAGGUGGCAGUGCACUCUGAUAACUCCCUGGGGAUGGUCAGGAGAGCCGUUUCUAUGCUGGGGGACAUGUGCCAGGAAGUUGCAAACAAACUCUCAGCAGAGGAAGUGGACAAGAUGAGUGCAUAUGCAGUCAAUGUGACCCUGGAUCCCGAGACAGCUUCAGGCUGGCUGGUCCUGUCCCCAGAUAAAAAGAAGGUGAGCCUCGCCAGCCAGAAGAAGAAGACUCUGCUCCCAGACAGUCCCCAACGGUUUGACUCCUGCGUCUGCAUUUUGGGGAAACAAAGCUUCACAUCUGGAAGACGCUACUGGGUAGUUCAGGUUGGGGAUAAAACAGACUGGGAUCUCGGUGUGGCCCAGGAGUCCAUCAACAGGAAGGGUGCCAUCACAGUUCGUCCUGAAAACGGUUACUGGGCCAUCUGCCGGCGAAAAGGUGGCAGUCUGAGCGCCUGCGCCGGGCCCUCGGUCACCCUCAACCUUCACGAAAUCCCCAAGAAAGUCAGCAUAUUCCUGGACUAUGAGGAAAGGUCGGUGUCCUUCUAUGACGCAGAGGCAAAGACUCACAUUUAUACUUACGGCGGAUGCAGCUUCAGUGAGCCUCUCUACCCGUAUUUCAACCCCUGUGUUCAAAGCAACGGGAGAAACGUGGCCCCGCUGGUUAUCUGUCCUCUCGAGGGAGGUGUCAGGGAAGAACAGGACACAGGCAUCGAUUUAACCGUAUGAUGUGACGCUAACUAAUGUUUUAGAUCUCAUUCCUGUGCUUCCCCUAGAUCAGGGGUGUCAAACUCAAAUACACAGUGGGCCAAAAUUCAAAACUGGAACAAGGUCGCGGGCUAACGUUAAUAUUUAUUGAAAAAUAUCUUCCUCCAGAUUUAAGAAUGAAUCUCUUCUU